AAUGAGACUGACAUAGGGAUACAUCUCUAUCAAACGCUGUGGUCCGACUUCCUUUAAACCCCGCCAAAAAAAUAGUCGGAUGUCUCCCUUACUAUUCCGUCUCUGACAUACAUAGCGUUUUUUGGUAAAAUAUAUAGUUUUUCUCGCGAUAUUUUGGAUAUGAAAGCGAGACAGACGCUGUUACUUUUUAAUGCAUAAAUAACAUAGAACCAUUUUAUUAAAGCAAUCAUAUUUACCUUAUGCAGGGGCUUAAGCAUUGUGCUCAAUACGUGCAUUGUAAUGACAUGAAAGUUCGCUUGAUUUUGCAAAAGCAAGAGUGACUCUAAACAUUAAUAACCGAGGGUUCAUCAGCUGUUGUGAUUGGUUUUUGAGAACUGGGAGGAGUGAAAGUUAGCUAGCUAGCUAACCAACCACCCUGUUGCUCAAGGCAAGCCGAAGCUGAAAUGGUGAAACGCUAGCUACUAAACUUGAGAAGAGCACAUUAUUUGUUGUUUUUAUUGAUUAUAUAAUGGCCCUUUGAAGUACAUGUUGUAGAGUAAGGAAACGUUAUUACACUUCGUUUAACGCAAAUUGCAGGGCGAGCGCAAUUUGUUGCUUAUUAGUCUUCUGCGAACUACAUUCUUUGAGCUGUCAAUGAACGGUAGGGAUCCCAGAUUCGAUUCCAGCGGUGAGCCUGAAGUUCAUCUUCCUAAAUGAAAAACUGAUUGAUCAGAGGAAGUCAUCUUACUAACUGGAUGCUAAGAUGCAUGUGUUUCUACCAGAGGAUUUCCACACAGCAGUUUUUGUAUUAAGUACUUUUGACAACCUGUUGCGUGUAGAGGUUAGUUUUGUGGUUAUUUUUUAAGGACAUUUCCCUCUGCUUGGGCGAAGAAAAGGGUAGCUAACGGGAUGGGCGUUUAGAGUGGUAUCGGCCUUAAAGUCGGACUGGGGAUCAAUAAGUUGAUCUCUUGGGGAUUUAAUUCUGGUGUUAAGUUAUGUCAACGGCUGGAUCAAUGGAAACGUCUUUUAUACAAGCUUUGAAGAAACAUCCAUCACUACGGACAGCAGAGGACUUGAACACCAUCUAUGGUCACCUCUACCACAUGGAUAUCCUGUCUCCCCUCAGGGAGCACCAGCUCAGGUCGAUGUGUACCACAGCCAGGUACGAGAGGCACGAAGCCAACCACAUCCUGUUCUACCCUGACAGCCUGGCCUCCUGCUGGUACAUCCUGCUCUCCGGGUCCGUCUUCGUCAAGGAGCACAUGUACCUGGCCCGAUGCUGUUUUGGCAAGCAGUUGGGGGGCAGACGAGGCUGUGAAUGCAUCACUUUAGAGCCAUCCGAAAUGAUUGUGGUGGACAACUCGAGCGAGGGCGAGGACGGGGCCCUGGAGAGGGAGGUGUCCCAGAGGCAGUCCCGUCGACGUUUCCUCAAGGUCAACCCCCUGGGGGAGCGGGUGCUGAUCACCGACGACCAGGACCUCACGCUUCCUGGUGACCUCAACAAGAUGCACCUUACCGACCACCCCCACCCCCCUGGGAUGCAUGUGCCUGCCAGCCAAUCAGGAUGCAGCAUUGCCAGCGAUUCAGGGAGCAGUAGUCUGUCCGACAUUUACCAGGCUACAGAAAGUGAGAUGGGUGAUGUGGACCUGUCGGGGCUCCCGGAGGCAGCUGUGGACUCUGAAGAGGAGGAGGAGGAGGACGAAGACAUUGAGAGGACCUCAGACACCCUGCUGGGUAGAGACCUGGUGAGGGAGUGUCUGGAGAAAGACCCAGUGGAUCGCACCGAUGACGACAUCGAACAACUGUUGGAGUUCAUGCACCAGCUGCCAGCCUUUGCUAACAUGACCAUGUCAGUGCGGAGGGACCUGUGUACUGUCAUGGUGUUUGAGGUGGUGGAGCAGGCAGGCACCAUCAUCCUACAGGACCAACAGGAGCUGGACCUGUGGUAUGUGAUCCUGAACGGGGCGGUGGAGAUCGGCCACCCGGACAGCCGCAUGGAGACCCUCUGCAUGGGCAACAGCUUCGGCAUCUCCCCCUCCCUGGAUAAGCAGUACAUGAGUGGAGUGGUACGCACCAAAGGGGACGACUGCCAGUUUGUGUGCAUCGCCCAAGAGGACUACUGGCGUAUCCUCAACCAUGUGGAGAAGAACACGCACAAGGUGGAGGAGGAGGGUGAGAUAGUCAUGGUGAAGGAGCACCGCGAGCUGGAUCGCAGUGGCACCAGGAAGGGACAUAUUGUCAUCAAGGGCACCCCGGAGCGCCUUAUUAUGCACCUGGUGGAGGAGCCGUCCGUAGUCGACCCCACCUACAUCGAAGACUUCCUCCUGACCUACCGCACCUUCCUCACCAGCCCCAUGGAGGUUGGCAAGAAGCUGCUUGAGUGGUUCAAUGUCGACAGCCUCAGAGACACGGUGACCCGGAUAGUUUUGUUAUGGGUCAACAACCAUUUUAACGACUUUGAAGGCGACCCAGCCAUGACGCAGUUUCUUGAAGAUUUUGAGAAGCUGCUGGAGACAACAAAAAUGAAGGGUCACCUCCGGCUGCUGAACAUAGCGUGUGCAGCCAAGGCCAAGUGGAGGCAGAUCACACUGCAGAAACCAUCAAGGGAGUCCCCGCUCCACUUCAGCCUGCACGGGGGCAGUGAGAGGGGCUUCGGGAUAUUCGUGGAGUCGGUGGAAGAGGGCAGCAAGGCCUCAGAGGCAGGACUCAAACGGGGAGACCAGAUCAUGGAGAUCAAUGGUCAGAACUUUGAGAACAUCUCCUACGCCAAAGCUAUGGACUUCCUAAAGAACAACACACACCUCUCCCUCACCAUCAAGACCAACAUCUUCGUGUUCAAAGAGCUGCUGAGCCGAAUUGUACAUGAGAAAAAGAACGGUGGUCCUCACAUUCCCAAGAUCCAGGAAAAGAAAGCUAAUCGCUUCUCCAUCCCAGACCUGCCCGGAGACAUGGAGUUCCCCACUGACCACAGGGCCACAAAGAAGAUGAAGGCCAACACCGUGUCUGGAGGUCGAAACAAGAUCAGAAAGAUGCUUGAGAAGACCCGCUUCAGCAUCCUACCACCCAAGCCCUUCAGUGAUGGAGGUGUGGGCCAGUCACAGGAUGACAGUAUCGUGGGCACUAAGCAGUGCAGGCACAGUGUUGCUAUCAUGCCCAUCCCUGGAAGUCUUUCCUCCAGCAGUCCUGAUUUGCUGCAGCCAGCUUCCAGUGUCCUGGACUUCUCCAACCCUGCAGCCGUGGGAUUCUACUACAUUCCUGACCAGGUGAUCCGAGUGUUCAAGGCUGAUCAGCUGAGCUGCUACAUCAUCAUCAGUAAGGACACCACGGCCAAGGACGUGGUCAGUCACGUGGUCAACGAGUUUGGCCUGACCGCUGCCCCAGAGAACUACUCCCUCUGUGAGGUGUCGGUCAGUCCCGAGGGAGUCAUCAAGCAGCGCAGGCUGCCUGACCAGCUCUCUAAGCUGGCUGACCGCAUCCAGCUCAACGGCAGGUACUACCUGAAGAACAACAUGGAGACAGAAACGCUGUGUUCAGAUGAUGACGCCCAGGAGCUCCUGAAGGAGAGCCAGAUCACCCUGCUUCAGCUCAGCACUGUGGAGGUGGCCGCCCAGCUCUCCAUGAGGGACUUUGAGCUGUUCCGGAACAUUGAGUCCACUGAGUAUGUGGACGACCUGUUCAAGCUGCUGGACUCCUCUGGUGGGGCUCAGCAGACACGCCUCAAGCAGUUUGAGGAGGUCAUCAACCAGGAGACCUUCUGGGUCGCCACAGAGAUCCUGAGGGAAGCCAACGCCGUGAAGAGGAUGAAGACCAUCAAGCACUUCAUUAAGAUUGCCCUCCACUGCAGAGAGUGCAAGAACUUCAACUCCAUGUUUGCCAUAAUCAGCGGUCUAAACCUGGCUCCGGUGGCUCGUCUCCGGUCGUCUUGGGAGAAGCUGCCCGGCAAGUACGACAAGCUGUUCCGGGACCUGCAGGACAUCUUUGACCCGUCUAGGAACAUGGCCAAGUAUCGCAACGUCCUGAGCAGCCAGAGCAUGCAGCCACCCAUCAUCCCCCUGUUUCCUGUUGUCAAGAAGGACCUCACCUUCCUGCACGAAGGUAAUGACUCUAGUGUGGAUGGCCUGGUGAACUUUGAGAAGCUGAGGAUGAUUGCCAAGGAGAUCCGUCACGUGGUUCGCAUGACCUCGGCCAACAUGGACCCAGCCGUCAUGUUCAGACAAAGGAAGAAGAGGUGGAAGAGUUUAGGGUCCCUGAGUCAGGGCAGCACCAACUCCAACAUGUUGGACGUGCAGGGCGGGGCCCACAAGAAGCGCGUGCGUCGUAGCUCGCUGCUCAACGCCAAGAAGCUGUACGAGGACGCUCAGAUGGCUCGCAAGGUCAAGCAGUACCUGUCCAACCUGUCGGUGGACAUGGACGAGGAGAAGCACCAGAUCAUGUCUCUUCAGUGUGAGCCGGCCUACAGCACCCUGUCCAAGAACCUGAGCGAGCGGCGUUCCACCAAGUCGGACAUGUCUCCCGUGUCGCUGCGCUCACCGCUGCCCGUGGGGAAGGCCCAGAACCGGGUGUCCCAGGUGCUGCAGGUCCAGGUGCCCCUCUAUCCACUCCGCAAGAAGAGCAACGCCAAGGACGUUCACGGGCCGCACAGUGAGUCAGGGACGGCCGGGCCGCACAACUCUAACUCGCCCCAGGUUAUAAAGAAGCCUCCCAGCUCCCAGCUCAACCAAUCAGAGGACACUCCUUGGAGUGGGAAGAAACCUGCUGAAGACACUGUGUCCACCUCCCUGCACUCCAGCCCUACUGUCUCACCACAUGGCUCCCCACGCAAAGGUCUACAUCCCGGCUACCUCACAUUACCACUCACUUCAGCCUCUACUCAAAUCCACUCAUUCAUCUCACAGCUCAAACCCAUAGUAUCUCAGAACCAAGGCGGCGGCGCGGCCAAGGCCCCGGUGAACCCGCCCAGCUCGUCUCCCUCUCCGACCGGUGAGGCCAGCGCCAAGGGGGGCGCGGCGAGCAGCCGCAGCUACGGCAUAGGCUACGCUCUGAUGCCAGCGGGGAAGUCAGACAACCUAUCUGACUCCAGCCACAGUGAGAUCUCCUCCCGCUCCAGCAUCGUCAGUAACUGCUCCGUGGACUCCAUGCUGGCUGGCCCGGCGGCGGAGUGCCCGCUUCCCAAGACCAGAGAGACGCCCGAGACCGCGAGCGCCACGCCUCAACCCACUCAUCCCCCCUCCGACUGCAGCCAGCCCAGCACCAGUUUGUCAUUGGCGCGCGGCCAGGUGAUGCGAGGUUCCACCUUCACCACCUCCACCUCCACAGAAGAACUGACCCCUGACCACGCCUCCCUGGACAGUGUGGCCGACAGUGGGCGGGGCAGCUGGACCUCCUGCUCCUCUAACUCCCACGACAGCUUCCAGAGUCUGCCUCGAGCGCUGCGCCACACCCAGCUGGCGGGCCCUAUAGCAGAGGUGGAGGCUGGGCCGGCCUGGGCUGGGGCAACGGGCGGAGAAGAGGCCAAGAGACUCUCCAGAGACAGUUCAGAGCUCAACCAAUCACGGCAGAGCUGGGCGUCGUCCUCCUCACUGUCCGACACUUACGAGGGGAACUACGGCACCAUAAAGCGACGCGCCACCCCUGGGGAGGGCUCUGAGGCCCCCCAAAGCACAGACACUGUGUACAAAACAGUCACGUCUAGCACAGAGAAAGGCCUCAUCGUGUACUGCGUUACCUCGCCCACCAAGGACGAUAGGUACAGAGGGCCUCCCCCAACUCCCCCGGGAUACCAGGGCCUCACCCUGGCUGAUGGACAGGACGGCGCCCUCCCCCGGCCGCCCCACUUGCGCCCACCGGACUAUAGCGUGGCCCUGCAGAGGUCUAAGCUGCUACAGAGCUCAGGAGGCCCGGUGGAGGCCCCCAGGGUGAACCACCACCACGAGGCCCUGGGCCGGGCCAGGCCAGCCAGUGUCUGCCUAGAGAGCCUGGGGGAUAGUGAGGAUGAUGAGCAGGUGUCAGCGGUAUAAGGUGGGUUGGACGCCUGUAAGGACCCUGCAGACCAUUGGACGGACGAAGUGGGACGAGGUCUCCAAGUCGUCCGGGUUCGCUCCUCAUCCCUCCUCAGGCCCUCCCAGUCACAGCUGACUGCUUUUGGAGGCCAAACGGCAACCCACUGCAGAACUUGUACAAUCAUCUCUUUAACUUUAUUUUGAAAAGGUUUCAGCAACUCCUGUUUUGAGACUCCUGUGCCUGUGGGAACUGACCUGGCCACAGAGACGUGGUGUGAUUUCAUACCUCCCAGGCUUUCAGAAGCUGCGCGGACGAAGUGGGGAUGGACUUCAUCCCUGUCUUUCCAAGAGUACCUCCCGUUUGCUGUGGGGCUCUCCGGUCCCUGGUGUUUUUGACUAGUUUUUAAGCUGUUUACUUGACGUUCUCAACUUCAAAUGGCAUGCAAAGACGAGCUUAGCGGCAGUGACCCUCCACAUGCCUGUGUGUGUUUCUGGGUUUUAACAGCAUCUCAGGCCGUAGUUUAUGCAGCCUCCCCCUCCAUUCCUCCCCUCUUCCUGCGCUUAUUAGCCCACAGCAACAUGAGGUACUUUAGUGGCACGCUGCCGUCUGUCUACUAAAUAGCUGGUAUUGGAAGAUGUUUUUUAAUGAGUUGGACAAACGAACAAACAGGCUCACUGCUGUAGAAUAGCACCACAUGUUGUUAUUUUAUUGCAGUGCAGUGAAACAAAAUGUUAGCACAGUACAAAGUUUAGAGUUGGUAAAGCUUUAAAUGCUAGGCAUGCCGCCAACUGCCCAAUGUUGUUUACACAGACGCUUGCAAACUUGUUUACAGUGUUUGUUUGUUAGACUAGCAGUUGUCUAUUGAAUAAUUACAAGCUAAAACAUGAAAGUAUUAUAAUUUCAGGUUAAUUUGAUGUGGAUGUCUUUUUAUGCGGUAAGAAUGUGGCUGCAGCAUAAACGAUCUGGUGUGUUUUCUUUUAACGGACCUCUUCCAUCUUGGUGUCUGCUUUAUGCUAUUCUCGUUUAAUAGUCAGGGCCACAAAACACAAAACUGUGCUAGUCAAGGGAAAAUGUACUGUAUUUAAAUACUAGGUUUGCCAUGCAUCUUCAUUCCUUGUUCAUAAUAUAGCUACCCUUUUAGAAAGAGUACAUUUUGUAGAGUAUUCUAAAGUGUUUUGUUUCUUGUUAUUGCAAGCUAAUGCUAAUUAUUUGUACAGGUUUUAACCCUCUAGGUUUGAGGGCUAAACUGCGGAAUGAUAUUGUCAUUAGGGAUGAAACUGGAGUAUGUCGUUAGGAUCCUGUCCUUUAACACUCUUCUGUACAUGCCACUUGUUUUCUUUUUGUUCUGCCAUACAAAGACUUGAACAUAUGAAUGGUAAUAUAUACUGUAGGUAUAUAAAUGUAUACAUAUAUUUUUGGCUUGUCAUAAAUGAAUGUUCUGAUCAUGUAUAGAUGCAAAGAGAGUCCUCUAUAAAAACUAUUUUUAAUAUUUUGUUAUAAUAAAAUCCUACAUUGUGAUUGCC